AUGGGCCCCUGUACCGCCUCCCCAUGCUGCUGCCAGGCCCGUAAUCUGCCAUGGGCCCCCGUACCGACUCCUCAUGCUGCUGCCCAGGCCCGUAAUCUGUCAUGGGCCCCUGUACCGCCUCCUCAUGCUGCUGCCAGGUCCAGAGUGUGUCAUGGGUCCCUGUACGGCCUCCCAUUGCUGCUGUUUUCCAUCGCCACACUCUGCCAUGUGCCACUUUCAGGUCUCCUCACACUGCUGGUGGUUUCCAUUUUUGGUCAUAGGGUGCUGUAUGGCCUCCCAUUGCUGCUGCCUCCACCGCCACACUGUGGCUCCACACUCUGGUUUUGGCCCCGUGACUGCCCAAAUGAGUGAAGUGUGCGGUGAUUCUAAGAUCGACGGCACUCAUCUGCAUGUCAUACUGACUGACAGUAUUAUUUCUCUUCCCCAGCAGACUCCAAGGGCAUUUAAAUUAAAGGUACAGUGUUCUGCACUAAUA